CAGCCACUAGCCGAUUGAGCAAACGCCGGCGUCAGGCGCCGCUUGGAAGCUUCGCAACACCGUCUGGGUUGUUUACAAAGCGUCGCUGACAACGCGAGAAGUUCAACUAAGCUCAACGUGGUUGAAAAGGAACUGCUAUGCAGAGAGUCCCGCACAAGCAUGUCGACGGCUACUGCGUGAAUAGCUUCUUCAACGAUGACCUUGUUCGGUCAGCGCUGUACUACAAGCCGGAACCGGGCGACGUCUUCAUCGCGACGUACCCGAAAUGUGGAACGACCUGGGUCCAGUUCAUUGUCCACGGGAUAUUCAAUCGCGGUUCUUUCCCAAAGGACUCCCUGGAGUUCAUGCUUGCUUCCCCGUUCCUGGAAAUGUUGGGAGCCGAAGCCGCGCAUAGGAUGCCGCGGCCUGGAGCCAUCAAGACGCACAUGCCUUUCGGCAAGGUUCCCUACUCGAAGGACGCCAAAUACAUCACCAUCGCUAGGAACCCUUUCGACGUCUGCGUUUCCUUCUACUACCACACCAAGGAGAAGCCAUCGUACGAUGUAGCGGAUAUGACGUUUGACGACUACUUCGAAAACUUCGUGCGUGGCACAGUGUCCUUCGGCGACUACUUCGACCACCUGCUCUCCUGGUACGAACGUAGGAAUGACCUCAACGUUCUAUUUCUCACCUACGAAGAACUGAAAGCGGACACUAAGGCGCAGAUCCUCAAGAUUGCCGACUUUCUCGGCAGUGAGUACGGAAACAUGCUGCGAAGUGACGACGAACUCAUGAAGAAGCUACUUGACGGCUCCGAGUUCAAAACUAUGCAAGCGACCGUCGACAACGGAAACAGCAUUCUCAAUCGCCUUCUCGACCUGCCACCUGAGCGGGCGCUUAAGUCCCUGGAGGUGUACCGGGAGCCCUUGAAGAAGAGGUCAGCUAGUAAAGGUGAAGUGCGAUUCCUGCGCAAAGGCAUCGUGGGAGACUGGAGGAACCACUUCUCCGACGAGCAGGUGGACAGGAUGAAGACGAGAAUUAGGGAGAAGUGCGGUAACACGGACGUCAUGAAGCUCUGGGAUGGGAUCGAUCUCCCGCCUCACUGAAAUGGUGCGUAAAGGUGGAAUAAAGUUUGGCCAGCUUUGCCCGGCGGUGCAUAAGAAGAUACAGAGGCACGGUCGGGAGAACCACACGUGCGACAUCAAGCAUAGAGAAAAGUCAGUUGACUGUUGUACAAGAGUGGUCUGGAACCUACCGUUGUCAUGUGGGAAAAGCUAUGUCGGGCAGACAGAGCGCUGCUUAGAUAAUAGAGUAUUUGACCACUGUGCCUCUUUGAAUGGACCACCAUGUUCGAGCCUUUCGCUGCAUUGUAGGGACUGUGCUGCAAGCCAAGGUUGACGGAAGCAAGUGUGCUGGCAAGAUUUAACGGAAAAACGGAGCGAGAAGUUGAGGAAGCGUUCUGUAUCUAUAGAUGUGGUGAUGCAUGUGUCGCGAGGCCAUCGAUAGUGUUGCAGCCCAUCGAAAUAGAUUACCUCAGUGCUAGUCACUAAGACAACUUUUUCUUUCUCUCAGCACGUGUCUAGCUUCAUGUGUGUAUAUGUGUGAAUGUUCCUCAAUAAAUUUCAGUGGAU